UUGUCCAUAGCGGUCAUGUGAUUUAUGAAUGUUGCUCCUCGCACCCUCAGUUUCGAAACAACUAUGUCGAGUUAGCUCCCUUUUUCGCUGUAUGUUUCCAAGGAGUCCGCAAGAUGCAGAACGUCAUUAACACAGUAAAAGGAACGGCUCUCGGAGUGGCCGAGUUUCUCACGCCAGUUCUAAAGGAAUCCAAAUUCAAAGAAACUGGAGUCAUCACACCAGAAGAGUUUGUAGCCGCUGGGGAUCACUUAGUUCAUCACUGCCCCACUUGGAAAUGGGCCACUGGGGAAGAAGUUAAAGUAAAGCCAUAUUUGCCCCCGGACAAACAAUUUCUCCUCACACGCAAUGUUCCCUGUUACAAGCGCUGUAAACAGAUGGAGUACUCAGACGAGUUGGAGGCCAUCAUCGAGGAGGACGAUGGAGAUGGGGGAUGGGUGGACACUUAUCACAAUGCAGGUGUAUUAGGUGUCACAGAUGCUGUGCAGGAAAUUUCACUGGACAAUAACAAGGACAAGAAUAUGAAUAGCACAUCUGCAGCAUGUUCUGAUGAUGAUGAAGAUGAUGAAGAUGGAGAGGCAGCCGAUAUGGAAGAAUAUGAGGAAAGCGGCUUACUGGAAACGGAUGAGGCAACCCUGGACACCAGUAAAAUGGUGCAAGCCAAAGUGAAAGCGGAGCCCGGGAGUGAAGACGCAAUCCUUCGGACAAGGACAUAUGACCUUUACAUCACGUACGAUAAAUACUACCAGACCCCUCGACUCUGGCUGUUUGGAUAUGAUGAAGACAGGCAGCCUUUGUCUGUGGAACAAAUGUAUGAGGACAUCAGCCAGGACCAUGUGAAGAAGACAGUCACCAUUGAGAACCAUCCACACCUUCCUCCGCCCGCUAUGUGCUCUGUCCACCCCUGCAGACAUGCUGAAGUGAUGAAAAAAAUCAUUGAGACGGUGGCUGAAGGAGGUGGCGAGCUUGGAGUGCAUAUGUACCUUCUCAUUUUUCUCAAGUUUGUUCAGGCUGUCAUUCCCACAAUAGAAUACGACUACACAAGACACUUCACAAUGUAGAAAUAUGGAUUAUGAAAAAUCACUUAUUCUGCCUCAAUGAUUACAAAAGAUCUGGUUUGGUGACAAGAGUAUGUUUGUGUCACUCUGAAACACUUUGCGCAGGUGUAAGACACUGACAAAGAAAUGUGCAACUUAAAUGGAAAUAGGUUUUCAUUGAGGAAGGAUAAAAUCAUACAGUGUUCAAAUAUGAUUUUUUUUGUCUCAAAGCUGGAAAAUUGAAGCCGUGCACAUUAUUAAAUGUAAGUUUUGAUCAAUAACAUAACGGUUACAAAAAGACCUUCAGCAGUUAACUACUACUUUCCGAUAAGUUAGGCGAGGGUAACCACACCCUUAAUGCUUUAGGGAAACAUACAAAGCCACAUUCCAUCAUUGAAUAGCCGCUCUGAUUUCAUGAAAUCCAUACCCUGCUACUUUCAAUUUACCAUAGCUCGCCACCAAUUUCUACACCAACUGUCUGGCACCUAAGAUAAAGGCGCCUCUAUGUAGCCUAUACUUUGUCAAGUUUACAUUAGCACUGAGGGUGAACCAAAAAAGGAUCUUAAAACCAGAAGAAAUUGAAGCCAACACGGUAACAAAAUUGUUGGUACCCUUUUGUUAAACAAAGACCUACAACAGUCACAGAAAUAACUUGAAACUGACAAAAAAUUAACAAGACAACAAAAAGCAGGCAAGAACAAUACACUGGACCUGAAGCAUGUGGCCGGUUGUGCAACAGAUGUUAAGUUUAAUGUACCAUAAUUUUUUACAGGUUAGUCUCAUUAGUAUGUUUUUAAAAAUAAUUCUCCCGGAACGUAAAAAUGAAGCAAGGACGGAUUUUUUUUGUUUUUUAAUUUUCUGUGCAUUUUACGUUUGUAAGCUUCAACUUAUUUCAGUGACCAUUGUGGAUUUUUCUCUAUUUGACCGAAGGGUACCAACAAUUUUGUCUACCUGUGAAGCUCUAAAGGAAACCAUCAGGUUAUUGUAUUAUUGCCUGGUUUACUAUAGCUUUAUUUCCACCACACAGUUAUGUAUGGUAUUUUGUUUUAAUGUCACAUUUAAAGAAUGUCAAAAUAACCUAUCAACACCACUUGGGUACUCUUUUAUUUGGGGGGGUUAGACAUAGACAUCGGUCUAUGAUUCAGCGCUUUUAUUUGAGGCAGCUUGCGCUAGCUAUCCUGUCCUGCAGUGCAAACGUCGAGCAAGAUUAGAGUUGAACUGGAAGGGAACGGGUCUUGUUUCAAAUUAUUUACAUUACACGACAUUCAAGUAAAUGAAGGAACUUAGAGGGUUCAUAAAGAUUCAGACUUGGACAGCUUUUUGGCUUUGGCUUUCUGCACAGGUCAUUAGUGUGUCACUGUCAUACUUCACUGGGACAGAGUUGAUAUAUAUAUCUAUAUCUCUAUAUAUAGAGAUAUAGAUAUACAGACACGCGCACAAACAUACACAUUCAUACAGAGAGAGAGAGGUGGUUCCCAUUUUUGUAAAAGCUACCAUUUGUCUUAAUACAUGAAUGUGUUGAUGGUCCUUUAGCUGUAGGCUGAAUUAUGAUUUUUGUUUAUGUAUAACAUCAUUGUGCAUCCUCUCAGCUUGUGUGGUUAACUUGGCAACAAACAAAAUCAUUGUGGCACAUUGUGUAAAACAAUAAAUAUAUACAAA